AAUCUCCAGAGCUCCGCCUGCUUUUCUUAUGAAAGGAACUAAAAUACAUUACCAGCACAGCGAGUGGGGAGAAUAGACUCCCACAGUAAGCUGUUGUAGUUCAUUUAGUGGCAAGGUAGGGACUUGCAUUGCCUUUCAUCCUUUUGGGGGCUAUAAGCUGCAGAGGAAGCAGGGGGCAUGAAGAGAGAGAGAGAGAGGUGGAUUUAAUCUGCUAGAUAGCUUCUUGCACCAAGGUGCCCAGCUCACCCUAUAAACGCUGACGUCCUCUGCUCUCUUGCACACUGUGCUGUUCAACUCUUCAGCAGUCGCCAAUGAUUCGCCAGACCAAGAAACGCAGACUGGAGUGGUAUCCAUCACCCCUGAAACUAUGCCCGAUCUAAAGAGGCAGAACUGGAGUGGAGGCUUCCUUCCUGCCAAAGUGCACUAGCCCAGGACAUUUCCACCUGGUCCUCUCCUAACCCCUCUGGUUAGGACCACCAGGUCUUUUCUUUUUUUUUUUUUUUCCCAUAGCUUUGGGAUGGAUGCUUUUAAUAACACUACCUCUUCGGACUACACUUUGAAGAAGGGGAAUGGUACCAAGUUUGAGGAGGUAGCCCUCAGCUACCAGAUCGUCACUUCUCUCUUCUUGGGGACACUGAUCCUAUGUGCCAUUUUUGGCAAUGCUUGUGUGGUCGCAGCCAUAGCCCUGGAAAGGACUCUGCAGACAGUGGCCAACUAUCUCAUAGGCUCUCUGGCAGUCACCGACUUGAUGGUCUCCGUUUUGGUGUUACCCAUGGCAGCACUUUACCAGGUACUGAACAAGUGGACACUGGGACAGGUAACCUGUGACAUUUUUAUAUCCUUAGACGUUUUGUGUUGUACUUCUUCCAUUCUCCAUCUGUGCGCCAUAGCUUUGGACAGAUACUGGGCUAUAACUGAUCCAAUAGACUAUGUGAACAAGCGGACUCCUAGAAGAGCUGCUAUUCUUAUUAGCCUGACAUGGGCUAUAGGGUUUUCUAUCUCUAUCCCCCCAAUGCUGGGCUGGAGAACACAUGAAGACAGGUCUGACCCCGAUGCUUGCAAAAUAAGUGAAGACCCUGGUUACACCAUCUACUCCACCUUUGGUGCGUUCUACAUCCCUCUGAUCCUCAUGUUGAUCCUGUAUGGUAGGAUAUUUAAAGCAGCCAGAUUCAGGAUCCGAAAGACAGUGAAAAAGGCAGAAAAAAAGAAAGUGGCUGACACUUGUCUUUCAGUCUCCCCUUCCACCAUACAGAGGAAAAGCAAUGGGGAACCCAGCAAGAACUGGAAAAGAAGUGUAGAGCCCAAGCCAACCACUUGUGUGAAUGGGGCAGUUAGGCACGGGGAGGAUGGAGCUGCCCUGGAGAUCAUUGAGGUCCAUCAAUGUGUUAACUCUAAGAACCACCUGGCACUGCCAAACCUCCCGAGUGACACCUCAGCUCCUCUAUGUCUUGACAAGAAGAACGACAAGAGCACAGAUGCCAAAAGGAAGGUGGCACUGGCCAGGGAGAGGAAAACUGUGAAAACUUUAGGUAUCAUCAUGGGCACCUUCAUUUUCUGCUGGUUACCCUUCUUCAUCGUUGCCCUGGUGUUGCCCUUUUGUGAAUCCUGCCAUAUGCCCCCCUUGCUCUUUGACAUUAUAAACUGGCUAGGCUACUCAAACUCUCUCCUUAACCCCAUCAUAUACGCUUAUUUUAAUAAAGAUUUCCAAAGUGCAUUUAAGAAAAUCAUCAAGUGCAAAUUCUGUAGACAAUGAGAAGAGACAUCCCCUGCCCCCCUUUGUUGCCUGCCUUGUUUCAUUACCAAGCCCAUUGUUAUAAUUUUUUCGUUUGUUUAUUUUUUCUGCUUGUGUCCUUGAUGACUUGUCCAUCCAAGGGUUAAUGGGCUCUGGCACUUGAUGUGGACCAAGACUUGUUAUGUGUUGAACUAAAUAAAUCCUUGUUCAAUGGCUGCCAUUAUUUCAAUGUGAAAUAUAUAGACUGUAUAUAGAUUCUAUAGUGGAUAUUUUUUCAUGGCCACUGAUGGCAGUGGAGUCAUUUUGAAUUAGUUUUCUGAAACUAUUUGCACAGACCAAGGGGCUGACAAACUGUUGGUUACUGUUACUCAAUGGGAAUUCUACCAAGCAGCUGAGUGUGUACAGUACAAUGGUACAGGCACACAGCUGACAUUAUGUAACAACUUUCUUUUUUUUGUUGUUCUUUUUUUCCCACUCGGUUGCAUUUUGAGAGGGUGAUGGGCUUUGUAGAUCUUUACUGACAAGUCCCAUCCCCCAACUCAAGUUAUUAUAAUAAUUCAUCCUAUGCAUAAACUCAACUGUCUUUACUUCUUUUGAAUGAAAUAAGAUUGUCUAACAAAACCAGAGAAACUCUAGAACAGUGAGUAUUGUAUGUAGACAUGUAACUAUGGCCUGAAUGUACAGUAUUAAAUUGCAAUAUUCGCUGGUGAUAAUACAUUUCGCAAGUUUAUUGCUAAUAAACUUUGCCUUGCAGUGCAA